AUGAGUUCGACCGCGGAUUCGUCCAAGAAAGUCAUUCCCGACACGAAGGCUGUCGAGGAAGGCGGCCCCCGGAGAGCAGACGGCGUCUCUCAGCUCUAUGAGGGUAAUGUCUUCGACGCGACGCCCGAUGACCGUCGGCAGAUCGGCGUCGUCAGUGCCUCGUUCCUGAUCUUCAACCGUGUCAUCGGAACUGGUAUCUUCGCGACCCCGAGUACGAUUCUGUCCUUGUCCGGCAGUGUCGGUCUGUCCCUGUUCAUGUGGGUCAUCGGUACCCUGAUCGCCAUGGCUGGUACUGCUGUCUACCUGGAAUGGGGUACUGCUAUCCCCAAGAACGGUGGUGAAAAGAACUACCUCGAAUAUGUCUUCAAGAAGCCCCGGUUCCUCGUUACCGCCAUGUUUGCCGCCUAUGUCGUCCUGCUGGGUUGGGCUGCCAGUAACAGUGUCGUGUUUGGAGAGUACAUCCUCAACGCCGCGGACGUUGAGGUCACCCGGUGGAACCAGCGUGGCAUCGGUCUUGCCUGUCUCACCACUGCUUUUCUGAUUCACUCCGUCGCAUUGAAGUGGGGUCUUCAUCUUCAGAACUUCCUCGGUGUCGUGAAGCUGGUCAUCAUCGUGUUUGUCGUCGUCUCUGGAUGGGUCGCCUUGGGCGGCCACAUGAAGAUCGACCCUCCCCACAACUUCCGAAAUGCUUUCGAGGGCACGACUGGCAGUGGAUACGGAAUCGUGAUGGCACUUUACAAUGUCAUCUGGUCCUUUAUUGGAUACUCCAACGCCAACUACGCCUUGAGCGAGACCAAGAACCCUACCCGUACCCUGAAGAUCGCUGCGCCUCUUGCUAUUGGAGCGGUGGGAAUUCUGUACAUGUUUUGCAACAUCGCCUACUUUGCCGCCGUGCCCAAGGAACAGUUCCUCGCGUCGGGACAGACGGUUGCGGCUACGUUUUUCGGAAACAUGUUCGGCUCGCGCGCUGAGAAGGUCAUGUCGGUCUUCGUUGCGUUGUCGGCCUUUGGCAACGUCUUAUCCGUUAUCUUCUCGCAGGGUCGAAUCGUCCAAGAAUUGGGUCGUGAAGGUGUUCUGCCCUUCUCGAAGCUCUGGGCUAGCAACAAACCCUUCCACGCUCCUGCCGCCGGUCUUUUCGAGCACUGGGUGGUUUCCGUCGUUAUCCUGCUGGCUCCUCCUCCCGGCGAUGCCUACAACUUCCUGGUCAAUCUGAUCUCGUAUCCCCUCUCCUGGGUCAACGCUUUCGUGUCCGCCGGUCUCAUCUACAUCUACCUGCGGCCCAAGGAGUUCCCCGACUUCGCGCCCGGCAUCCGUGCGACCCUCCCCGUUACCGUCUUCUUCUUCCUCACUCAGUGCUACCUGGUGGUUGCGCCUUACGUGCCUCCCUCCGCCGGCCAGAGUGUCUACGACGAGCUGCCGUACUACCUGCACUGCGUGGUGGCCAUCGGGAUCUUCGCCUCGGGUGCCGUUUACUACCUCGUGUGGGCCGUCUUGAUGCCUCGCUUUGGCCGCUACAUGCUGGUCAAGGAAACCGUCGUUGAUGCGGACGGCUGGUCCCGGAGUGUUUUCACCAAACUUCCGUUGGCCCAGCUGGAGCAGCAUCAGCAAGAGCAACAACGCUCCUAA